AUGUACACAAACAUCUUAGGCGAGAAGGCGGUAAGCGCCUUGCUGGAGAUAUUGAAGCGAGAAGAGGACAUCCUGGAGGCAGUACGGAUACGGAAGGAGUCGUUAACACAACUAAUUAACCUGACUGUUAUGACAACAUAUUUUACAUUUAACGGCAUUAUCUAUGAGCACAUAUUUGGACUACCGAUAGGAUCUCCACUCUCACCUCUUUUAGCAAAUGUAUACAUGGACAAGUUGGAAAGGGAAUUCGAGAAGUCACCAUUGCAACCAAGAUUGCUCAUGCGAUACUUGGAUGACUACUUUGCACUCUGGUCACAUGGUAAGGAAAAUUAA